UUAGAUGAUUUAUUUGUUCUUUAAGCUCUUCCCACACAGUGGCAAGUUCUGGAACAAUGUCGUGAGUACAACGUGGCCACACAUCACAUCUUCAUCGAUUUCAAGUCAGCUUACGAUACGGUCGACCGCAAACAGCUAUGGCAGAUUAUGCACGAGGUUAAAUGCUACCUUGGAUCGUGUUAUGUGUCAUGUGCGAUGUUUUCAUCGGAUUUGAGGGAGUUGUGCGAAAGGCGGGUAUCGACAGAUGAGGCACGAUUUGCAACAGACCAGUUCAACUAUCUGCUUAUGCCGAUGAUACAGUAGUUGUUCGGUAACUGGGCUGAGUACGCAGCCCAGUUACCGAAUGCUGCUCGAUAACUGGGCUGAACGAUCAAACGUCAAAAACCAAUGAGGGGAAAGUCGAUGCAAAGUUGAUCGAUAAAAAAUUUGACAUUUCGAUUAUUUGUUUUGUUGAUUUCAUUGGCAGAUUGAAAUCAUUCAAGUGCAAACAGUUCGUUCAGUAAGAUCAGUUUUUUUGUUGUUUCAAUUCUUAAUACGCUGUAUCAUUGAUAUCACAAUGCAAGCUCUAAAGAAAAAGCAAAAAACCCUUUCGCUUGUGGAGAAGGUCCAGAUUAUCGACGAGUUUGAGAGCGACGGUGGAACCCACGAAGCGCUCGGCCGGAAGUACGGCGUUGGUUCUUCCACCGUGACAAGGUUCAUUCAGCAGAAGGAGGAGCUGCGUGAAAAACUCGCACGGUUUUCCGAGCAUGGCGUGCUGAACCGGAAGACCAUGAAGAGUCAAAGAUUCCCGUUGUUGGAGGAAGUUUUGUUCAUCUGGCUUCUCCAGCAGCGUGAAGCCAACAUCAUCGUCCCAUCAGAAGUUUUGCGAGCCAAGGCAGAAUUGUUGUUCGGGGAACUACAGAAGCGCGGAAUUUACGUGGAUCAUGGUUUCGUUUUUUCCGACGGAUGGAUGCGCCGUUUCCGGAACAGGUUCGGUCUUCAGGUGAAGCGUGUGGCCGGAGAAAAGGCAUCUGCAGACAAGGAGGCUUAUUUCAAGUUCAAGGUUGUGUUCCUCGAGAAACUGAUUUUUUUGAAGCUGAAAAUGAGUCAAGUAUACAACGCGGACGAAUCGGCUCUGUUCAUAAAGAUGCUGGCUUCAAGGAGCAUUGUUCUGUCCAACGAAAAAACGCCAGCCGGACGAAAAAUGAACCGAGUGCGAUACACUUUUCUCCCCUGCGCAAAUAUGGAUGGCUCGCACAAGUUAAAACUAAUGUUUAUCGGAACCGCGGCCAAGCCAAGAUGUUUGGGGAAGACCUCAGAUCUUCCGGUGUCUUACUACAGCUCCAAGAAAGCAUGGAUGACGCGGCAGCUGUUUAAGACUUGGUUCCACCAGGAGUUCGUGCCGGCUGUUCGGAAGUUUUCGGCCGAUUCCUGCAUCGAGCCACGAGCCUUACUAUUGCUGGACAAUUGUACAGCUCAUCAUGAUGGUGUCGACGGUCUCAUCUCCGAUGACGGAUUCAUUCAAGUUAUGUUCCUCCCGCCAAAUGUGACCUCGGAAUGCCAGCCCAUGGACCAGGCGGUGAUCAAUGCUACCAAGACUCGGUAUAAGCGCAAACUGAUGCUGAAGCUCAUCCUAGAAAACGAGCAUCUGAAGUUUGAGGACCGUCUGAAGAAGAUCACGCUUCAAGAUUGCAUCGACUGGAUUGCGGAGGCCUGGGACGAAAUCUCGCCGAUGACAAUACAAAACUCUUGGAAGAAACUUGUGGACCACUUCCCGGAUGGCGAGUUUUGUCCUCUCGAAACAGGUGAUGCUGCCGAAGGAGACUGUGCUGAGGUUGACACUGGUGCAGAUGCUGGAAUGGAAGAUGUUCGGCAGCUGGUCGCAGCUAUCGACGAAUUGGCCGGAACGUCCACUUCAGACGAGGAGUUCGAUAUGUGGGUAAGGGAUCGGAUGUACGAUGUGGACAACAACCCGGCGUGGCUGACCAGUGAGGUUUUCUCCGACGAGGAAAUCCUCGAUUCGGUCUUGAAUCCAGAUGUUGAUCCAGUUCCCGUCGAAUGCGAACUUGGCGAAUCAAUGGAUGACACAUCGUUUGACCGAUCAUCCGGAAGUGUGGGCGAUUUCCCCCUCGAACCGGAAUUUCCGGACGCCAUGAAGGCAGUGGACUGUCUCAUGAGCUUUGUCCGCAAUGAUGCCGCUGAUUUAAGUCGCCUAAAGGCUUUGCGCACGAAAUUGAUUGAAAUUGAAUGGCGCAAGCGAGCGCUUUAAUUCACUGUUAAAGUUUGUUUUGAUUCUUUGUUUGACUAUCGUUCUAAAAAAAUAAAAAAAGUUGAAUUCCGAAAAAUGCUUGUUUAUUUUCUUAUUUUUAGAAUUACAGUUGCU